GCGGGUGUCACGUGACAGCGGCUCAAAGGGGCAGCGGCGGCAGCGCGAGCCGCACCGGCGGGCAGGCCCCGGCCCCGUCCCGCCCCGCCCCGUCCGCCCCGGCAGCCGGGCCCCGGGCAGGCAGCGCUCUUCCCCGCCGAGGCGGCGCCGCUCCGGCCGCCGGUGACUGGGCGCCCUCUCGUCCCGCAGGCCCUGGGAGGCGCUGGCAGCGCCGGCAGCCCCUCGCCAUGGCCGACGACCUGAAGCGCUUCCUGUACAAGAAGCUGCCGAGUGUUGAAGGUCUCCAUGCUAUUGUAGUCUCUGACAGAGAUGGUGUACCUGUUAUCAAAGUUGCCAAUGAUAAUGCCCCAGAACAUGCACUGCGACCUGGCUUUCUGUCGACCUUUGCCCUUGCCACAGAUCAAGGCAGUAAACUAGGACUUUCCAAAAACAAGAGUAUCAUCUGCUAUUACAACACAUACCAGGUGGUGCAGUUCAAUCGCUUACCUUUGGUAGUAAGUUUCAUUGCCAGCAGCAAUGCCAACACUGGGCUGAUCGUAAGUCUAGAGAAGGAGCUCACACCCCUGUUUGAAGAGCUGAGGCAGGUUGUUGAAGUUUCUUAACCUGCUGGUGUAGCCAGAGUGCAGCAUCCCUCUGCAGCCCAGUGGACAAAAGAUUCAAUAAUCCUCAGUCAAAUAACACAUCUCAGAAGAAAUACCACAGCUCCUUAGUACACUAAGUAAGAGUAAAUUGUACAUAGUUCUGAAUCUGAAACGAUCUACUAGUGUGUUGUAGGUGGAUGUUACUUUAGGCCAUGCUUCUUGUAUUGUGCAGCACUGGAGAGACCACCAAAAUAGCUCCCAUGGAGUUGAGCUCAGUCAGCUGAGCCAGACCAGCACGAUGCUGUCAGCUCACAUGAGCAACCCCCAGAUCUCUUGCUUUGCAGGGAACUGCGCACGCACUGGGCUUUACCGUCAGGCCAGGUACUGCCAUGUGUUGGGAAGUGGAUCAGUUGUGUAGUGUUAUCAAAGAUGUGGUUGGAAGAGUAUUGUGAGAGCAAGUUACUAGCAGCAGCGUGUUGGUACAAUCAAUCAAUAUCCCAGCUUUCUUACGUGGGUGAUACUUUGGCAAGAGACUGCUACUAAUCUGGAUGCUGGCUGCAUCCUGCUUCCACUAAGGAGAAAGCGUUUCUAUGAAAGCUGUUGCUUCAGGGUUUUCCUGGUGCCCAGAUAAAAGCACCCAAACAAUGUCUCACUUCUUCAUGGGGUUUUUGUGUAACAAGGUUGUGAAGUUCUCACAGUUGUUGUGUGGGUUAUUCACUGGUGACACUCUCAGCUCAUUUACCCUUAGGUUUUCCUAAGGAAGUAAAUAACAAAUAAAAUACAGUAUUUUUAAAUGACAGAGCCUGGUGUGCUCUUCCGUUGCACCAUAAUAUACUGCAGCACAUCAGCUUUUCUUGAGAACAGGUCUCUUAAUUGUUUAUAAAUACAUAGAAUCCAGGAGCUUACAGGCUGAAAACUAACCAGUGUGUCUUGUCAGUGGAGUGAUGCAGAUACAGAAUCCUGUGCCAGCACAGAAUUGCAGAAGUUAGUGCUGACAGGCUUCCUGUUGCUGGGGAUCAAUCCCACGCUCUUUGCUCUGCAUCGUUCCCUCACAGAUUUCCCUUGUGACUGCAGUGUAGACAUCCAGCACUAAAACCAAACACUGCUGGCCUAAGAGAGAGCUCUUGGCAAGUCUCUGCCUCAGGCUGGGAAAGGGGGUGCCACCCUCCCUCAUACCUCACCCACUGUUAGCAUGACACAGGAUGGGGGGAAAUGGUGGUGCUGGAAAUGAGGUUUGGGAAUUACUGGCUCAACAUCAGAGAUUAGAAGUUGUCAGUCAACCCUUUUCCAUUUAAACUGAGCAUCUGGCUUGAGCUUUCUGUUGCUAGUCAUUACAGAGGCAGUUGGAAACUGAGCCCCAAAGCAUCUUUGUGUGUAUUUCCGGAAAAAAGCAUUUGUGGUCCCUCCAAGGCUGUUAGAUUCUGCUCCAACUCUACUGAUUCUGCUUCCUAGGCCAGCCAAGCACCACUUUUACUGGCUUCAGUUCAUGACACCGUGUGCUGAAUUUGCUUCUAACAUUUGGUAACGCAGUCUGUUGAUGUGAAAAGGGGAAGGCUGCUUUUGUGGCGACACAAGCUUCAUUUCCAGGCUGUUUUCACAGAACGGUGGUGUUGCUGGAGACUAUCAGCUCUGUCUUCUUAGGUUGCAUCUAUCUCACACAAACUCAUCCAAGCUUAUAAGGAAAUAGGAGGUGCCAGUUUUUUAAACCACUUCUUUAAGGGGAAAAGGGAGGACAAGGCUUUAUCAAUACAGUACAGGAAUACAGAAGACCUUCCUAGUUUUAUAAUGACAUUUUAUUCAGAAAACAGUCUGUAUAAAAAUAUUUACAAAUAUUUUGAAUUUCUGAGUUGAAAUAAAAUGCUAUUCCUAUGUCUA